CCUCUGACUGCCCAGUCUCCUCCCGGCCUCUGGACAGCGCUGGCCUCGACUCUCAGCCAGACAAUGUCCAGCCUCCGGGAGCUGUGCUCGGGCCUGCCCCUGCGGCCCCUGCCAGAGAACCGGGGACGCUGGCCUGGGGUGCCCCACGCCCCCGUCAGGACCCCUGGCCUCAGCCCUGCAGAAGAGCAGCUGGCCCUGAGGAACGCCCUACGCUACUUCCCACCCGACAUCCAGAAGUUGCUGGCCCCGGAGUUCGCCCAGGAGCUCCGUCUGUACGGGCACAUCUACAUGUACCGCUUCUGCCCCGCCAUUCAGAUGAGGGCCUACCCGCUCCAGCAGUACCCCAGUCGGACAAGAGCGGCCGCCGCCAUCAUGCACAUGAUCAUGAACAACCUGGACCCCGCCGUGGCUCAGUAUCCCCAGGAGCUGGUCACCUAUGGAGGAAAUGGACAAGUGUUCAGCAACUGGGCUCAGUUCUGGCUGACCAUGUCCUACUUGUCCAAGAUGACAGAGGAUCAAACGCUGGUCAUGUACAGCGGACACCCCCUGGGCCUCUUCCCCAGCAGCCCCGGUGCCCCAAGGCUGGUCAUCACCAACGGCAUGGUCAUCCCCAACUAUUCCUCCAGGACCGAGUAUGACAAGCUCUUUGCCUUGGGGGUCACCAUGUACGGCCAGAUGACAGCUGGCAGCUACUGCUACAUCGGUCCCCAGGGAAUCGUCCACGGCACCGUGCUGACGGUGCUCAAUGCUGGGCGGCGGUACCUGGGCGUCCAGGACCUGGCUGGGAAGGUCCUCGUCACCUCGGGGCUCGGCGGGAUGAGUGGGGCUCAGGCCAAGGCCGCCGUCAUCCUGGGCUGCAUCGCGGUGAUCGCAGAGGUUGAUAAAGCAGCUCUCGUCAAACGUCACCAGCAAGGGUGGCUAAUGGAAGUGACUGACAGCUUGGACCAGUGCAUCCAGAGGCUCAGGGAGGCGAGAAAAAAGAAGGAGGUGCUCAGCCUCGGUUACCAUGGCAACGUGGUGGAUCUCUGGGAGCGCCUGGUCCACGAACUGGACACCACAGGGGAGCUGCUGGUGGACCUCGGUUCGGACCAGACAUCUUGUCACAACCCCUUCAAUGGCGGCUACUACCCGGUGCAGCUGGGCUUCACGGAGGCUCAGAGGCUCAUGGCCUCCAACCCUGCUAAGUUCAAACGCUUGGUCCAGGAGAGCUUGAGGAGGCACGUCUCGGCCAUCAACCGGCUGGCCCAGGACAACUUCUUCUUUUGGGACUAUGGCAACGCCUUCCUCCUAGAGGCUCAGCGAGCAGGAGCGGAUGUGGAGAAGAAAGGGGCCAAUAAGACGGAAUUCCGCUAUCCCUCCUACGUCCAGCACAUUAUGGGGGACAUAUUUUCCCAGGGAUUCGGGCCUUUCCGCUGGGUCUGCACAUCUGGGGACCCCGAGGACCUAGCUGUCACAGACCAGCUAGCCACAUCUGUCCUGGAGAAGGCCAUCGCUGAGGGAGCAACCACGGAGUCUGUGAAACUACAAUAUAUGGACAAUGUCCGCUGGAUCCGCGAGGCGGCCAAGCACCACCUGGUGAGGCGUCCCUCAGGGCUCCAGGGGAGGACUGGAGAGUCCUGGGGGAGGCUGAGUUGACCCAGGACCACAUGU